AUGGACUCCGCCGCCCGGCCGCUCGACGACCGGUUGCUCGAGUCCGCGGCCCGCCUCAUCGAACGCCUGCAUCACCUAGCCGGAUACACCUGGGACGAGUCGCGCGCCCCGUUCCACUCGACAUACGACAACUGGCACGUCUUCGGGACGAGCCGAGCGUCUUCCGCAGAUCCCCGCUCGCAUGUCUCCUCGGACAGCGAAUCCGUCACGGACCACUCGGUCGCCUCGGUCCCGCCGACGUCCUCCAGCACGGGUACAGAUUCGCCAGUCGUCGAGCAGCGCGUGGUCGCCAGGGUGUCGUACCACGUCCUCCGCGAGGAGAGGGCGUUCCACAUCUCCAAGAGCCUGGUCGCGAGCGUCGACCCAAAGGGAGACCGGAUCGUCAAACCGCUAGACAUCAUGCGCCUGCCGCCGCAACCCGGCGACCGGGGACCCAUCAUCGUCGCCAUCUAUGAGGAUGUCGGUCCGAAUCAUCUGUCCAAGGUGUUGGACUUUGGGCCUGCAUUCUACUAUGCCAAGAAGCGGAACGACCGAUGGGAAGCCCGCCGGAAGGAGCCGCCUCCGCUCGAGGCGCCGAUCAGCCUGCAGAGUUUCUUGGACUUCGCCAUUGGUGCAGCACAGUGCCUGGAGAUGGUCCACCAUGGGCACGGCAUGGUCCACGGCGAAAUCCGGGGCGACGCCUUCCACUACAACAUCGAGACCAACCAGGUCAAGCUGGUGUCGUUCGGCGCCGGGCUGAGAUCCUUCGAACACGGCCUGACGAGCACCGGGUGGUCGGCCCUGUCAAAGGCACUGGGUGCUAAGCACAAGUUGCAGUACAUCAGUCCGGAGCAGACGGGGCGCAUGCCCGCUGAGCCAGACAACCGCACCGAUAUCUACUCGCUCGGUGCUGUGCUGGGCCGGAGGAUACCCAACGUCACGGCAAUCCGUAUGGACGUUCCCGACGUCAUCGGGCGGAUCAUCCAGAAAUGCACAGCAAAGAAUGUGUCUGAAAGAUACUACUCGGCUGGUGGUCUCCGCUACGACCUGGUUUCGGUGCAGAAGAUGCUUGGCGACGGCAAUUCCGCCGCCCUACGAGACUGGCCAAUAGCUACCAGAGAUGUUUCGUCUUCCUUUCGGUUGCCGACAGCCAUGAUAGGCCGGGAGCGUGAGCAAGCUCAGCUGGUAAAAAUCAUCGAAAAGGCCGUCAAGAGCCAUUGUGUGACCCAGCACGGGAGCUCCUACAAUGCGUCUGAGGGGUCCAGCCUGGGCAGCCCUGAAGUCCACGAGACUGGAGGCGACGCGUCCAGCGAUUGCGGAAGCUCUGCCGGAAGGGGGGCCCGCCAACAUGACACACCCGCACAAACAACGAUCCAGUCCCGUCCGGGAGCCGGCUCAGCACCGGCUUCUGUCUCGACCGCCUCGUCAGGCGGCUCGGCCUCGGCCGCUCUCCGGCCUCCCCGUGCAUGGGACAAGAACGUACUUCUCGAAGGGAGCUAUGCCGUCGACGGCCAAAGUUCGGAGCCUUCGCGACAUGGGGCCACCGUUGGCACGGAUUCUUCAUCCGGGAGCCUCUCGCGACAGCUCGGCUCGGCCAAGUUCAGGAGACAGGGCCACUGCGAGAUCGUCUUGAUCGAAGGCGCCGGUGGACUCGGCAAGAGCUGUCUUGCCCUGAAGCAAUACGUCCGGCCGGUCUGGCCCAUGUUGCACAAGGUGCUUGGCCUCCCCGAGUUCCUGCUCCAGCCUACCGAGCCCACGGUUGCACGGGCCUCGUCCAACUCCCAGGCCGCUAAGCCGAGCCUGAAGAGACGGGGCUCCUCUCCCGAGUUCGCCACGCCUUCUGCCCUACGAGCGUCGUCAGGCUCGUCCGUGCAGAGCUCCCGAGACUUCCUCCGCGCUGGCGCCGCCACGAAGACCAACAGGCUGAUGAACACGUUCAUCGACGUGCUGAGGAUGUUCACUCAGCAGAAGUUCAUCUGCUUCUGCCUGGACGAUCUGCAUUAUGCCGAUGACGAGUCGCUGGAGCUCCUCGCCCAGAUGAUCAGCGCCCGGCUCAAGCUGCUGCUCAUCAUCACGUACCGUCCGGAGGAGAUGGCGGCUGAGACAGUGCAGAAGCUAUUGAGCCCGCCGAAGUCCGAAGACUCGUCCCCCCGUCACAGCGUGCCAACCACUACCAAAAUCACGCUGGCGCCCCUAAGUGAAGAGGACAUCGUCCACUAUGUCUCCACGACGCUCUCGUUGCCCAAGGAACGCGUCCUCCCGCUGGCCUUGGUGAUCCAGUCCAAGACGGCAGGAAAUCCGUUCUACAUGCGCGAAAUGCUUAGCGCAGGGCACCGGAAGAAGUGCAUCUGGUACGACUACAUCGCCGGCCACUGGACGUACGAUCUCGACAAGCUGUUUGAUCAGUUCCGGGGAGAGGAGGAUUACGACGUCCUUGACACGGCCUUCAUCACCCGCCGCUUGAGUGAGCUGCCGGCAGCCUCCAGGUCGAUUCUGGCCUGGGCCGCCCUGCUGGGGCAGACCUUUUCCUUCGAUCUGAUCUGUAAGUUGAUGGACGGGCAGGAGCACGCCGACGACGGUUCAGGGAACCCGGAGGAGGCGGUGGCGACUGCAUCCUCGCAGCAGGAUGUUGUCGCCGGGCUCGAGGCUGCCAUCCAGGCAUUCAUCAUCAUCCCGUGCGACCGAGACGACCACUUCCGCUUCGCUCAUGACCGCUAUAUCCAAGCAGCCGCGGCGCUCAAGGAGUGCAACGCCCGGAUGAUGCACUUUGUCAUCGCGCAAGUCCUCCUCGAGCACUACUCGCACGAUGCCUCCUUCCGGGAUACGGCCGCUUCGCACGUCUGCGAGUCCGUCGACAUCAUCAAGAAGCGGGUUCCGCAUCGGCGGCCCUUCCGCAAGCUGCUCUUUGAGCGCGCUCACGAGGCCACGGAAAGCGGUGCACGCCCCACCGCGGCCAAGUACUACAGCAACGCCGUGGCCCUGCUGCAGCCGAACCCGUGGGAUGAGAACGCCGAGGACGUGUCGUACGACGAGACGCUCCAACUGUACCUGCAAGCAGCCGAGUGCUACUUGUUCAUGGGCCACCAGAGCGCCGCCAACGUACUGCUCCAAACGAUCUUCGACCACGCCAGAAAUGCACUCGACAAGGCGCCCGCGUGGGUGCUCCAGUCUCGGAUAUUCGCGCAGGACGGCGACUCGGAGCAGGCCCUGGGCGCGCUGAAGCUGUGCCUCCGGGCUCUCGGCAUCGAACUGGACGAGUGCCCUACGAUGGAGAAGUGCGAUGAACGGUUUGAGUCGCUGUGCAAGAAGAUCCGGACGACGCAUCGCGACCAUGUAUUAAGCCCGCCGUGCUCGCGGGACGCGUUGCUGGCGUCUGUCGGCGCGGUGAUGGCCGAGACGGCGAGCGCUGGGUGGUGGAGCGAUUGCAUCAUGUUCUACCAGCUGUCGCUGCUGAUGAUGGAGACGCACUUCAGCCGAGGCCCGUAUCCUCAAUCGGGAUUGGCCUUCCUGUACAUGUCCAUCAUUGCGCUAUCCCGCUUCAACGACGCCAGGCUCGCAGUCGACUUGUCGUGCAUGUCCCUCGAGCUUCUCGAGAAGUUCCGCGACCCGUUCUCCAUGUCGCGGGGAUACAUCACGUAUGCCAACUUUGUCGGCCACAUACGGGACCCGAUUUGCCUGUCUGUCAGCCAGUACGAGGGGAUGGUCGACUACGCCGCGGCCACGGUAGACAGGAUAUCGACGAUUCUCUGCUUCGGCCUAACGGCGCAGUUGAAGUUCUUUGCGAGCGAGAACUGCGCCGAUCUGGAGGGCUUCUGCCAGUAUGGCUGCGAAGAGAUCCCCAACUGGCACCUCGACACGCGAGGCGGCACGAUACUCAUCGCCGUCCGGCAGGUCUGCCGCGCUCUGCAGGGCAAGACGCGGGCCGCGAACCCGCUCGAGGUCAUGAGCGACGAGCACCAUGACGCCGUCACGUACAAGAACUGGCUCACGGCACACACCAACAACGGCGGUCGCUCGUUGCUGCUCUACGAGACGAUGGAAAUCGUUCCCCUGUUCCUCUACGGACACUAUGAGCGCGCUAUCGAGAUUGGCAAGGCGUGUCAGGAACGCGGACAUCUCCUGUGGUCGGCUCGCAAUACAAGGUUGGCGAUGCUCUUCUACGGCUUGGCCCUGGCCGGCUCCGUCAUGCGGCAGCAACAGGACUUCCGGUCGCCAGGGGAGGAAGCGCUCAGGAGUCUUGUCGACGGGACGGUCCGCGAGAUCGAGGAGCUCAACACCAAGAUCAAGGAUUGGCAGACAGUGGACAAUGUCAACUACCUGGCAUGGACGAAGCUGCUCGAUGCUUCCGUCUCGGAAAUGCUCGGCAACCACGGCACGGCCAUCCGGCUGUACGAGGAGGCACUGGACCACGCCUCGGAGCACAGCUUCACCUUUGAGGAGGCGCUGGGGAACUACCUGAUGGCUAACAUCUUCAUCCGCAACGCCGCGAGACGGUCGGCUCGCGCGGCACUCCGCGAUGCAGUCGCACUCUAUCGCCAAUUUGGCGCCACGGGUGUUGCCGACCGCAUCGAGACCGACCACAGCAUUCUGAUGCAGCGGAUUAUGCGGAAUCCCCGCAUCGUCGACCAAGGGGUGCAGACGGACUUCUCUGGCGAUGCAACGUCCGUUCAGUACCGACCCGUCGGCGAGAGCGAGGGGGGCGAGGACUCGCAGCAAGCCGUGCAGGCGGCCAUGGCCACCCUCAAGGGCGAGCGCAUGACCGCCUGGCGAGGCUCGACGCAGCCCGAGGCCGGGGCCGGGUUGCCCGCGCUCGAUAUGAUCGACUUGCACGCAAUCCUGGUGUCGUCCCAGGUCAUCUCCUCGGUGCUGCGGGUGGACGAGCUUCUGAAGACAAUGUGCGACGUGAUCCUCCAGACGUGCACGGGGUCCGCGACGCUUGCCGCCAUCGUCGUGCAGGACGAGGGCAGCUCCGACUGGUGCGUCGCGGCGAGCGGGGAUCCGGAGAAGGGCGCACAGGCGCACAUUCCGGGCGUGCCGCUCAGCGUGACCGAUCUGGUGGCGGAAAACGUCGUGCUCUACUGCACCCGCUUCCGCGAGGUCGUCUUCCUCCAGGACCUCGUCAGCGACGAGCGGUUCGGCAACGUGGGCGACCAGUGGCUGCGCAAGAACGCCGGCAGCAAGGCCGUCAUUGCCAUGCCCAUCUGCCACGGGCCGAAGCCGCUGCUGGGCGUGCUGUACCUCGAAGGCGCGCCCGGCUCGUUCACGGACCGCAAUGUCAGCGUCCUGCAGCUUCUCGUCAACCAGAUCGGCAUCAGCUACUCCAAUGCGCUCGCCAUGAAGGCCGUCGAAAAGGUCUCGGCCGAGAACAUCUCCAUGGUCGAGAUGCAGAAACGCGCCCUGGCGAAGGCGGUCGAGGCCGAGAAGAAGGCCAAGGCGGCCGAGGCCGAGGCCAUCCGCAACGUCAAGCUUGCCGAGGAAGCGACGAAGGCCAAGUCCAUCUUCCUCGCCAACGUCUCGCACGAGCUGCGCACGCCCCUGAACGGCGUGAUCGGCAACUCGGAGCUUCUCCGGGACAGCAACCUCAACAAGGAGCAGCUGGAGAUGGCCGACUCCAUCCGCGUCUCGGCGGACUUGCUCUUGACGGUCAUCAACGACAUCCUGGACUUCUCCCGGAUGGAGGCGGACAAGAUGAAGCUCUACAUCAUUGCCUUCAACCCCGAGGAGAUGGUGCGCGAGGUCGUCCGGGCGGUUUCGUACAGCAACAAGGAGAAAACGUCCAGGAAGAACGUCAAGAUCAUCCAGAACAUCGACCUGCCUCCCAUGCUCAUCUACGGGGAUCCCAUCCGCCUGCACCAGGUCCUCGGCAAUCUGAUCGGGAACAGCCUCAAGUUCACAGAGGACGGGUCCAUCACCAUCGGCGCCCGCGUCGACUCCGAGACCGAAGACAAUGCGACGCUGACGUUCUGGGUCAAGGACACGGGCAUCGGCAUCUCGCCGCAGCAGCUCGAGAAUCUCUUCCAGCCGUUCAGCCAGGCGGACCCCAGCACGGCGCGGAAGUACGGCGGCAGCGGCCUGGGCCUGAGCAUCUGCAAGUCCCUGAUCGAGACGAUGAUGAAGGGCAAGAUCCACCUGGAAAGCCAGGAGCAUGUCGGCACCACGGCCUGGUUCACGGUCACCUUCGACAAGGCGAGACCCGAAGUAACCGCCGGCGACGAGCAGCUCGUCCGGGGCGGCGCGCUUCCCGAGCCCGCCAAGGCGUACCCUGCUAGGAGAUCGGCCACUCUCGGUGGUGCCGUGCCGGGCACUCCGCCCUCGCCGGCAGUCGACCUCUCCCGCAUCCCCAAAGACCAGAUCCGCAUUUGCAUCGCCGAAGACAACGUCAUCAACGCCCGCAUCGCCCUGCAGUACCUGCAGCGCUUAGGCUACCCCAACGUGGAUACCUACGACAACGGGCUCAAGGCCAUCGAAGGCCUGCGCGAGAAGGCGAGGCAGGGCAGGCCGUAUCACAUCAUCCUCAUGGACGUGCAGAUGCCGGUGCUCGACGGGUACGAGGCGACCAAGCUGCUGCGCAACGACGAGCUCGAGUCGGUCAGGAAGAUCUUGGUCAUCGCCAUGACCGCAUCGGCGAUACAGGGCGACAGGGAGAAGUGCCUUGCCGCCGGCAUGGACGACUACCUGGCGAAACCCGUCCGGUCGGACGUGCUCAAGAAGAAAUUGGAUGUCUACCUGUUGCACGGUGGGAGUCCCGUGCCAGCUGCUGCUGCGACUAACGGGGUGCUCCAACAACAGCCUAUCGCCAACGGGCACGGCCAUCGCGGGGAGCAGAUGCAGGGCCAGGAGAAGUCGCAAGAUGCAGCGCAAAACGACGCUCACAACUCGGUGUAG